AUGGCUGUUCGUGGCGAGGAUGAUCAUCCCUCGGCUCUCCACUGCGGAAUCAAGAAUCCUUGGCAGCCUUUAGUAGUAAGCUCCCUGGUCCAGGGGGUGCGGAGUCUGGUCCGGCCACAGCUUGAGUACUCCAGCUUUAGCAGCCGAGACCUGCGACACACUGGUAACCAGCCCAACUCGGUGCAACAGAUCGAUCUGAUUCGAAACCCAGAAUCUGCAACCGACCCCGUCCGCAUCAAACUCGUACUUGUGACGUUCAUUCUGGAUGAGUUCGUCAUAGACGCGUGCUACAGUGAGAUCUGGAAUGACAUCCAGAACGAACUCCGUCUCGGCCUCGGGGGAUACAGUAUAGGGUACUUCGGAUAG